CCUUUAUUGACAUUUACAUAUUAUAUCUCAAGUAUAUAAUAAUAAAACGAUUAUAAUAUGUUCAUGAUAAUGUAGUAUCUAAUUAUUUCUUUCAUUAUUUUAUUUAUUAUUAUAAUUGUAUAUUUAUUUAAUAAUCAUUACAGUGAAUGCUCUAUAUAUAAGCAAUUCAUUUAAACCAAUUGUAAUAAAAAAAAUCUUAUUGGCAAAAGUUACUUAUAGGGGGAAAAGGAGUAUAAAAAUACUUAUCGUCUGGAUAAUAUUUUUACAUAUUUCUUUUACUUACUAAGCUGAGUAAAACAAAUAAAAUAUAAAGAAUGUUGCUUAUAGAGAGGUUGCUUAUAUAGAUAGAGCGUUCGCUGUAUAUGUGUGUUUUAAAUUAGUUACUACCAAUUACUACCGAAUAUUUAUCUGACAGUUUAAUUUGUUAAACAGGAAAGAACAUUAGUCAAUUGUGGAAAUACUUUAAAUCAAUAACAAAGAGACGUCAGCGUUGUCUACUUUGCGGAGUAGAUAUAUGCAUGAACAUGGCUAGACAUCUACGGGUCAAACAUCCAAUUGCCUAUGAAAAUUACAAAAGCCAGACAUAUCUUACACGGGCAUCUAAUGGAGAGGGAUUAAUAAAAUAUUUCAAAAAGUUAGCAAAUUCCAGAUAUCAGUGUAAUGUUUGUUCUCUUAUUUUAAUUGUUCCUACAGAAAUAAAUAAUAAUCUAAAAGCUCAUAUGGAAACAAAACAUUCAGACAUUUUUAGUGCUGAAACAAACAAUACUGAUUUACAAUGUGAUAAGAAUCUUGACACAUUAUCUAACUCCAAGAAUUAUAAAAUGAGGUCCCUCUGUUGGGUUAGAAAGUAUUGUAGAAGAAUUAAUGUAAGGAGAUAUCAAUGUUUAGUUUGUGGUAGUGUAUUAAGUCUGUCAAAUGGAAGUUUAGCCAAUAUGAAACGACAUUUUAAACACAAACAUCCUCCGAUUUUUGACGAAGAAAAAAAUACUACUACAUUUACUAUUUAUGAAGUUGCACUACCUACUAAAAGUGAAAAGAAUCUUACAACUUCAAAUAUAGUUGAAGAAAAUAUUUGCGAAGAAGAUGAUCAUACAGAACCAGUCAUAGAAGACAGUGUUGAUGUAAAUACUGACGUAAAUGUCACUGGUUUAUUUACAUUAUCUAAUAAGUUGGAAACUAAGAAAGAUGAAGAGCCUACAAUUCAAAAUACAAACGAAACUGAACAAGAAAUUAAUACAGAUACAAAUAAUACUACAGAGACAAAAACACUAGACGAAUAUAUAGAACUAGCUUUGAUUUCAGAAUCAAAUCCUGACUUGGAACAAAAAGUAAAGGAAUUGUGCGAAAAAACUGUAUUGGGAAAACGAAAGAAUAAAACGUGCAUCUGGAAUUUCUUCAAAGCUAUCGAUGAACAUCGUCUUUACGCAUGUUUUUUCUGUGGCAAAAUAAUAACUAUAUUUCCUCAAAGUGUUGGAAAUUUGAGGCGUCAUAUUUCGCUCAGGCACAAGAAACCUUAUUCUAUAAUAUUAAAAUAUGAGGAAACUCAAGAUAAUAAUCCAGUAAAACUCCAGUUCAAAUCCAGCGAAAAAUCUUUACAAGCUGAAACUGAAAAUUUCGAGAAAACUUAUUUCGAUGUUGAUGACGAAAAUGACUAUAAAUGUAAAAUAUGUUCGAUGGUCGUAUCUUGUCUGGACAGCGAUCGGACUGUUUUAUUCAACCACAUAAAGGAAGAGCAUCCUGAUGAGAUUUUGUCAUAUGUAGAAACACCAUCUACAGAUGACUCGCUUAAUAUCAUAAUUAAUGAUUUUAAAUAAAUAUACCCGUAAAUUAGUACGCUGCAAUAUUUUAAAACCUUAUAUUUGAAUUACUGCUUCCUUUCGGAGCGGUGUGGUUGUAAAGACGUGGUAUAGACAAUCUAUUAGUGCUAUAUUUCACAAUUUGUAACGUAGGCGCAUUAUGCCUAUCUAGUGAAGUUAUCACAGAAAGUGAAGAUUAGCAACGCUACGUCUGACGGGUCACUUGUGCAAAUGGGUGUACCUCAAGGAUCUAUUCUCGGUCCAUUUUUAUUCCUAGUUUACAUUAAUGAUCUCCCAUAUGCCAUGCAGGAUAGAUGCGGCAUAGUAUUGUUUGCAGACGAUACUUCAUUGAUUUUUAAAGUUAAUAGAAUGACUAAUAAUUAUGACGAUGUAAAUAGUGCUUUGCGGCGUCUCCUGCACUGGUUUACAACUAACAAUCUUAUGUUAAACGCUAAAAAAACAAAAUGUGUUAAUUUCUCUCUAUCUAAAAGUUUUAAUACUAAUUGCAAUAUUAAAUUAAAUGACGAAUCUCUCGAAUUUAUAGAAUCUACUGUCUUUCUAGGAAUCACACUAGAUAGUAAAACACAAUGGGGUGCACAAAUUCAAAGCCUUGCAGCGAAACUAAGUUCAGCAGCUUUUGCCGUGCGUAAAGUUAGACAGUACACUGAUACUGAUACUGCUAGAUUAGUCUAUUUUAGUUAUUUUCAUAGUUUACUCUCUUAUGGAAUAUUACUAUGGGGAAAAGCGGCAGAUAUUAAGAAUAUAUUCAUAUUACAAAAACGUGCCGUUCGAUUCUACUGUAUGAAGAGUCGUGACUCAUUAAGAGAGAAAUUCAAAGAGGCAAAUAUUCUCACCGUUGCUUCUCAAUUUAUAUAUUCAAAUAUACUAUAUGUUCAUAAAAAUCUUGACUUAUUUCCAAAAAACAGCAAUAUUCAUAAUAUUAAUACUAGAUUUAAAGACAAACUUGCUGUCCCCAAGUAUCGUUUAGAAAAAGUUAAUAGGUCUUUUAUGGGAAUAGGUAUAAAAAUUUACAAUAAGAUACCAAAGGAUAUGUUGGAAUUACCCUUAAAUAAAUUCAAAACAUCUGUUAAAUCAUAUUUACUGAGCAAAGCCUAUUACUCACUAAACGAUUACUUGAAUGACGAGUGUGCAUGGCAAUAGUUGUUCAUGCACUGAAUUUUCAUUUAAUGUUAGACAUAGACACCUAUAUAAAUAUACAUUGUAAAUAAACUGGCUUUAAAAAAAAAAAAGUAAUUCAAUUGAGUUUUUUGCCAGUUCUUCUCAAUUGGAUCUAUAUACCGAACUGGACGGUAGGGUAAAUAUAAAAUUAUAAUGUACAAAUUUGACGUUCAUAAGCGGCUAAAAUGUCCUACAUGAAUAAAUGAUUUUUGAAUUUGAAUUUGAAUUUAGUAUUCAUACAUAUGAAACAAUUGCUUGAUUUCAUGCUAUAGUUAAAGCCUUGUUCUUAGAAUAAACAACUUCUACUAUAGCCAAAAUUGUGCCCCGUGCUAGGUGUUCAGUUAAAAUAUUGAUUGAUAUGAAAUCAAAUGUCUUUAUUUUGGAUUAUCACAGUAUAUUUUCUAUUUGAAGAUAUUGUAUUUAUUAAAUAUCACUGGAAUAUAUAAUUUUGUUAAACUGAAAACAACAUAAAACAUGUAUCUUUGUAUCGAGUAAUUAUUAAAUCUUUUUCUCGAUUUUUAAAAUAGUGUACUUUUAUAUGUUAUUUUACAUUAUUAUGUAAAUAAUGUAAAAUAACAUAAUUGUUUUAUUUAUUAUGUAAAUAGGUACGUCUAUAUAUAAUGUACAGAUUCAUUGCUACCUGUAACAAUGUAUUAAUCAACAUUCUCAAAAAUUAAGCAUUUUUUUUAAUGACUAUCUAAAGAGUCUUAAUGUCGAAUAGUGUAUAAUUAGGUUUUAAAAUUAUUCUUUAUCUAAACCCAUGGACAAUGACAACCUCUUUUGGAUUAUUUUAAUAACGUAUUUAAUAUUUAGUCAAUAGUCCAUGCAUCCAGUAUAUUAUGUAAAUAUCAAUGAACACUGGAACGUUUGGUGAUGAAUGUAUAUUGUUAGAAAUGUGUCUAACUAAAUGUAUCAAUAUUCCUACUGCAGGCAAUGUACAGGUUGUAAUCAAAUUGUUUGAGAUCAUUAGAAGUUUUACCAAUGAAACUGAACAUUUCUUCCUGAAGAAAAAUGGGUCAAAAUCGGCAAACUUUAAAGUCUAACUUAAUUGAUAGUUAGCGUUUUUGACUUGUGUUUAUUUGAAUAAAAAUCUCAGUUUUACUGAUAGAAAAUUCUCUAAAACGAUGUUAAUGUCAUCCAGUAUAGCAAUUUGCCUCAUGUUGACCACUACGCGGCAACCUCCAUGUAAUCACCGUGGUUAAUUCCCAGCAAAUUCAUUAGGAUGGGCUAAUUAAUAUAACUUCAUUCUUAUCUACUAUCCCUCACUGAUAUACCAUAGGCGGAGUUUCCAUUCCGUAUUCAUCUAUAUAUAUAUAUAUAUAUACAGUGUACAUAAAUAAUGUAUAUUUUAAAAUAAAUAAAUAUAUAUAUCUAA